AUGUACUCCCUCGCGGACCGACUUAUUAUCAAUGAAUUGAAAGCCCUUGCCCAAAAAAAGGUUGAAUAUGAAAUGGCUCAAAGACUGAACGCAGUUUCGUUCCCGCAGUCAGUCAUAAAAAUCUACAAUUCAACGCCUAGAAGUAACAGAGGUCUAAGGGACCUUACCGUGGACAUUACUUUGCGUAACCUAUCUCUGUUAAGACGGAAAGAUGAAGCAGCUGAUGCUAUCUUCCAAGACACUCUUCUUGAUUCCGUUCCACAAUUCUCACGUGACUUGCUGAUUGCGAUGAUGAAGAAGUCCGUGACCACAUGA